AUGGCGCAACGACCGGUAUUUUGGCAGAAGCGCGUUCUCGUCCCCUUCUGGAUAGUGCGCAUAUUGCUCCUGAUCGACAUCCUCGCCAUCCUGCUCUUCCUUCGCGAUGCGCUGAAACCUGGCACUUUCCUCACCAUGAACUCGUUCCAGACUGCGUUCUGGGGCGUCGCCUUGAUCAUGGAGUUUGCGGAUAUCGGCAAGGGCGGUAGCCAUGUAGGCCUUGGCUUCGGCGUCUUCGUAUUCCUCAGCUACUUCGGUCUCUUCAUCUACUCGGUCAUCGGCUAUCGUCGCGCGAAGGCAGAGGCCAAACGAGGCCAGUACGCACCGGCGCACAACCCAUUCGGGGGUUCCGUACCUGCUCAGCAAUCAUCUCCGUACAAUAGCACACCCGAAUACCAAAACACCGCAUACCAUUCGCAGACGCAACCUGCUGAGAUGCACAACCAAUACCUUCCCCCAUACCAGGGCGGCGCUGCGACCGACUACUAUCAGCAGCCGGUGAAGCCUGCUCACAUCGUAUGA